UGCAAGAAACUCUCUCUCUCUCUCUCUCUCUCGCUCUCGCUCGCAUUGUCUUGUUCCACGCUCGGAAUCUCAUAUUCUUACUCCCACGCAUCAUUGGUCGUCCUUUCUCGUUACCCCUCUUUCUCCUUCUUUGUUCUUCUUGUUUACCUCUGUUUUAACUAGUGUUUCCUCUACCAGUGAACAUUGAAAAAGAAAGUGAGGCCCGUAUUACCCAAGUGGGGUCGCUCUUCCUUUUCUUUCCUUUGCUCUGUUCAUUAAACCCAGAAAGUCGAAAAUGUUCAAAAGCUGAGAUUUCCAAUGUAAAAUCCUUAUUAUUUCAUUAUUUCCCCAUCACCUGAAAUCGAGGGAAGUACAUCUCUUCUCUCUCUCUCUCUCUCUCUCUCUCUUCUUUUUUUGCUCUGUUUUUCCGUCUAUUAAAAGGUCGCCCACAAGUCACAGUCACUCCGGACCCCCUUCGUUCUUGUAUUCCUGUUCGUUCCUUCUUCCUUGUGUUGUAGGUUCAAAUUUGUCAAUUUGAGCCUUUGCAAUUCAAGAACUAGGGAAGUCACUAUAACCCCUUUUGGCGAGAAGAUAGAUGAUCAUACAGUGACUCUCCCUCUCUUGCUCUCUCUGAUCUCCUUAUCAUCAUUUGCUAAUGCUUACUAUAAAUGGCGAAGCUUUCGUGGCCAAAGACAUUGGUGAAGAAAUGGUUCAACAUCAAAAGCAAAGCCGUGGAUUUUCAAGCUGAUGACAUCGUUUACGGAGGCGUUGAUGAAGAACCAGGGGACAUCAAUUCAGAGAGGAGAGAGGCAUGCAAAAUCAAGAAAAGCAAAACAGAGAGAUCUAACAAGAGAAACUCCGACCGAGCCCGGCGAGGUAAGAUUGACCUUGAUGCCUCGCAAGUCACAGAUGUGCACAAUUAUCGAAUUUUUGUAGCUACAUGGAAUGUGGCUGGGAAAUCUCCUCCUAGCUAUUUGAACCUUGACGAGUGGCUCCAUACUUCGCCUCCUGCGGAUAUAUAUGUCCUUGGGUUUCAAGAAAUAGUACCUUUAAAUGCCGGUAAUGUUCUGGGAACAGAAGACAAUGGCCCGGCCAAGAAAUGGCACGCUCUCAUAAGGAGGACCUUGAACAGUCUUCCUGGGACCAGCGGUGUCUGCCAUACGCCUUCGCCGAUUCCUGACCCGAUCGUUGAGUUGGAUGUUGACUUCGAAGGGUCCACGAGACAGAAGGCUUCAUCCUUCUUCCACCGCCGGUCUUUCCAAUCCUUGAGUCACAGCAUGAGAAUGGAUCAUGAGAUGUCGUUGCCACAGCAACCACGGCUUGACCGAAGAUUCAGUGUUUGCGACCGGGCAAUGUUCGGACACAGGUCGAGUGAUUAUGAUCCCAACUACAGAUGGUGUUCGUCUGAUGAUGAAACCGGGCCAACUGAUUCCCCAGGACAUGGUUACUACUCACCAACAACCUAUAACAGGUCAAAUUUCAAUGAGGAUAGAGAGAAUCAGAUGGUCCAAUCUAGGUACUGUUUGGUUGCGAGCAAGCAAAUGGUGGGGAUAUUCCUCACAAUAUGGGUGAGGAGCGAGCUUAGAGACCAUGUUCGCAACUUGAAAGUUUCAUGUGUAGGAAGAGGAUUGAUGGGUUAUCUUGGAAACAAGGGUUCGAUUUCGAUUAGCAUGUCUGUGCACCAAACGAGCUUUUGCUUCAUCUGCAGUCAUUUAACAUCUGGGGAGAAGGAAGGGGAUGAGCUGAGGAGAAACUCGGAUGUCAUGGAGAUUCUCAGGAAAACAAGGUUUCCCCGAGUCCACAGCAUGGGCGAUGAAAAUUCUCCUGAAACAAUUCUCGAGCAUGAAAUUAUUUGGUUGGGCGACUUGAAUUACAGGAUCGCGUUAUCAUACCGAUCUGCAAAGGCUCUCGUCGAGAUGCGAAACUGGAGAGCACUGCUGGAGAAUGAUCAGCUCCAUAGAGAACAGAGAGGUGGGCGCGUCUUUGUGGGGUGGAAUGAAGGGAACAUUUAUUUUCCUCCGACAUACAAGUAUUCAAACAAUUCUGACAGAUAUGCUGGAGACGAUAGGCACCCGCGGGAAAAGCGAAGGACUCCAGCAUGGUGUGAUCGUAUAUUGUGGUACGGUAGAGGCCUCAAUCAGUUAUCUUAUGUGCGUGGAGAGUCGAAGUUCUCUGACCAUAGACCGGUAUAUGGCGUUUUUUUCGCUGAGGUUGAGUACAUAAACCGGAAUCGAAUAAAAAAAAACAUGAGCUGCGCUAGUUCCAGGAUCGAGGUAGAAGAAUUGUUGCCCUAUUCAAAUGGAUACGUGGAUGUCAAUUUCUAUUGAGGGAUGGAAUCUUCAUCAAACUCGAAUUGGAAACUUGGAGUCUUCGACAAGAAAACAAAGAGUUAACAACUACAGCAUCUAUCGAGGUGGACGCUGCGACAGACAUUAGCGUUCCCAGAAAAUGACAAGGACACAUUCCACUGCCCCUAAAUCAAAUACAAGGUUCCUAAUUUGCAUUUUGCCGCCAAUGCUACCUUAAUGAAUUCUGGAGUCAUCUGUUGGGAGAAACUCACUACACUCAGCAAGAAAUCGCAAGUCAUGAGGAUAGACUUUAGAAAGAUCAAAGUUCAGCCUAGUGGGAAGCAUUGGAGUUUUCUGAAAAGUGCUUCUCCAGAUCAAAGUAGGGGAAUUUCUGGGAUGAAGAGAACAGCACAACCUUCUGAUUCAAUGCAAUUAUCAUGAGCAUUUCUCAGUUUUUGGCCGAGGGUGACUUUUAACAGAGAGAGAUAGCGAAAGAUGAUGUGUAUCUCUGCAACCAAUUCAUAGGUCAAUAGUAGUGGAAUAAAGAAGUUCGAUGCAUAUGAUUGUUCUGGGCCUUCAUUCUUUUUUUCCCUUUUCUUUUGCAGCAGUUGAAAAUGAAUUUACUGGGAAAAAGCUUUUUGCAAGGCUUUGUCAUGCCUCGACCCUAAAAAGAGAGCUCUUGAAAUAAAGCGGGGUCAUUUGCAGGUUUCACUAUCUUGUGGUGUGUUGAAAAGCAAAAACUCUGCCAGAGCCUUGCACUGCUUACAUGGUUGUCAGGUUUUUUGUA